AUGGCAUAUAUGAUACGAGACCCAGUAAAUAAUGCUACAUUCCAGUCGGUGCCUUCGAGAGGUUUUGCGACUUCAAUACGAGUACAUUCGCGAUGCUACGAUGCAUAUCUAGUUAUUGAUGGAAAUGUCGCUUAUAAAUUCAAUGAUGGCACAGAAGCUACAAUGGAGAUAAAUCCGAAGGAUGUAUUGAAAACUGUCGUCUUUCGCUGA